AUGGCAUACUUCUCUGAUUUUAUUGAAGACAUGAAACUAGUGGAUCUUCUACUGAUAAAAGGAGUUUAUACAUGGACUUGUGGGGACAAUCAGGAGAUCUCAUUCAGAAUUGAUAGGGUUCUUGUAUCCGCAGAAUGCAGACCCGACUAUAUUAUUGCAUGUAAGCUCAAAGCACUCAAAGGAAGAUUGAAAAAAUGGAGUCAAAGUAAUUAUGGCAAUUUGGAGAUGAGAAAAAACUUAAUACUGCAUCAAGAGAAAAAACCUGGCAUUAUGUGUAAGUUAGAUAUUGAAAAGGCUUAUGAUCAUGCAAAUUGGGGAUUUCUACUAGGGAUCUUACAGAAAAUGGGGUUUGGAAGGAAAUUGAUCAAUUGGAUGAAGUUCUGUAUUAACACUGUCAGAGGAUUGAGACAAGGUGACCCUUUGUCUCAUUUUCAUUUUAUACUAGCUAUGAAAGGAUUGAACAACAUGCUGAAGACUGCUCAUGGGAAUGGUUGGAUUAAUGGUUUCAAUGUGGCUAAUAUUCAAGCAAACAAGCUGGAAAUUACUCACCUUCAGUAUGCAGAUGAUACCUUAAUUUUUUGUGAUGCAGAGAAGAGUCAAUUAAGACAUCUAAGGGUUACUCUAAUACUGUUUGAAGCUAUAUCUGGGCUCCAUAUUAAUUGGAGGAAAAGCCAAAUAAUUUUAGUAAAUGAGAUACCUAGGAUACAACUGUUGGUGGAUAUUUUAGGUGAGGAAGUUGGAACUACUCCAACCAUUUACCUCGGUAUGCCUCUGGGAGCAAAAAGCAAGUCCAAAGACAUUUGGAAUGAUGUUUUGGAAAAGUGUGAGAAAAAGCUUGCAAGAUGA